GAAUUACUUCACUCUCCACCGUGAUUCUAUGCUUAACGCCGAACUCUCAUCACUUUGUCUUCAUAAUUUCAAAUGGCAAACACUCUCGAAUUUCCACCUGCAGUCAAUCCUGAUGACCCAGGACGAGGGCCUAUGAUUGUGGGACUUACUUGGACUUUCACUAGCCUUGCCGUGAUUGCUGUUGCACUUCGGUUUUACGUGCGCAAAUUUGUUACACGCGCACUUGGCUGGGACGAUUGGCUAAUGCUAUUUGCUGUGGUCCUCCAGGUGGCGAAUCAGGCUCUGGUCACCGUCUCAUUCCACUAUGGCCUUGGAAAGCAUGAUACGAGCUUAAAGAAGCCUGAUCAGAUGAUAGCCGUGCUAAAAUGGAAUUGGAUUGCAUCAUUACCUGGAAUGAUCGUCUCCAUCUUGGCAAGGAUUUCCAUCGCUAUUUUGCUCAUACGCUUGUUUGGUGUCUACGAGUGGUUCAAAAGGUUCUUGAUCGUGUUCACGAUCUUGCAAACCACGGUUUGCACUCUCAUCAUUCCAUUCACAUGGUUACAGGACAAUCCUGUCCAAGGGCUUUGGGAUGUAUACGACAGACAAGUGAAGCACUGGGAUCCGAGAAUCGUCUUAUACAUGGAGUAUUUUGGACAAUCUCUUUAUACAUUUUCCGACUUGACCUACGUUUUGUUUCCCGUCAUAAUUAUUUGGAAUCUCAAUAUGCCUGUGCGUCAGAAGAUAGGGCUCAUGCUCCUAAUGGCAGCCUCUCUCUUUACUAUGUCCAUGUCCAUCAUGAAAGUCAUGGUAGCCCAGGGAUCCUCACACUUUAGCCCAGAUGUUGAAUACAACGCAAGUCUUGGUGUGCUAUGGUCCGGAAUGGAGCAGACGUGCGUAAUUAUUAUGGGUUGUGUGCCACCACUGCGCGCCAUCACAAAAUUAGACUUCACAGGUCUAAGAGGAAUCAGCUCGUCCCUCUCCAGUCUUGUCGGAAGAGAUAAAAACAAGCAAUCUUCUUUAGACAUUGGUCACAAGAGUUCCACGGGCAGAGACUAUAACCACCACGAACUGAAGCCAUUCGAGUUUAACCACGUUCCAACGCCUAUAAGGCCACAGGUUUUCACUGUGACCGCAAAAUACUCCACAAAGGGAGGAGAGAGGACGAACGAGAGUCCAGAAAUGAAAAACCGGGUCCGUCGAACGGACCAUUUCGCAAUCUUGGAUGACUACUCCGGCGAGACAAUUUCGGAGACUACGGCAGACAUUGUAUGAUCAACAACAAGAAACACUCCGACAUGAGGACCAGCGUUUGAAGAAGACCGGGAGGGAAAAUAUUGUACACAGUACAGCGUGGUUUAUGAUUCGGACGGGCAGGGGCAUCGCAUGCCAACCGUAUUUCAUUAGGGUAUUUACUUCACAUGUUCGCUGGAACUACUAUACAGAUUGUUUUUGAAUUCCUGUGAUCCUCAAGGUGGUAAAGAAGACUGCGAGCAAGGUGAGGAUACGUAGCCAUCUAAGUACGUUUUUACACUGUGCAAGUACCGCUCUGUUGUUUUCAAU